AUGGCAGAUCUCAUUGGUGGCGGAGGUUUAUUGAGCAAUCUAAUCAUCAAUGUAAAUCACAAUAACUAUGAAUUCACGUGCCCUAUUGUCUGUGAUCCUUAUGAUACCAGAAUGUAUGCUGCUGGUGUCGCUGUUAAUGUAACAUCACAUUUCUCCACAGUGUCUUUGGUCUCAGCUCUACCACAGACCAGGAAUCUAGUGCAGUUCAGGUCAAUAAUAAAGUGCAUAAUACCCAACAGCCAUCCCCUGAAUGAAUACAACGGCUAUGGAUGCUACUGCGGAUUCGGAGGGUCUGGAAAUCCAGUAGAUGAGCUUGACAGGUGUUGUCAAGUUCAUGAUGACUGCUAUUCACAAUACAAGUCAAUAAAAAACUGUGAUGUAAUAUUUGACAAUCCUUACACAGAAUUUUAUUCAUACACCUGUACCGACAAUGCUGUGACCUGUAACAGUAGUAAUAACCCCUGUGAGAUGCACAUAUGUGAGUGCGACAAGAACGCUGCUUUCUGCUUUUCUAAAGCCUCCUAUAAUGAGGAAUACAAGAACAUGGAUGGAAACAAGCACUGUAAAUAA